CGACUAAUUCAAAUACGCGAGGAUGGGAAGAGGUAGGGUAGAGUUGAAGCGGAUCGAGAACAAGAUAAGUAGGCAAGUAACAUUCUCAAAGAGACGAUCUGGAUUGUUGAAGAAAGCUAAUGAGAUCUCUGUAUUAUGUGAUGCUGAUGUUGCCUUGAUUGUGUUUUCUACCAAAGGCAAACUUUUCCAGUAUUCCUCCACUGACUCCAGUAUGGAAAGUAUUCUUGAAAGAUAUGAAAGAUACUCAUAUGCAGAGAGACAGAUGAAUGCAAAUGAUUCUGAUCCCAAGGAAAAUUGGAGUGUGGAGUAUCCGAAGCUCAUGUCAAGGAUUGAACUUUUACAAAGAAAUAUAAGGCAUUACAUGGGUCAGGAUCUGGACCCUCUCAGUUUGCGUGAGCUCCAGAGUAUAGAGCAACAGAUUGAUACUUCGUUAAAGCGAAUUAGAAGCAGGAAGAACCAACUGAUGCACGAGUCCAUUUCUGAGCUGCAGAAAAAGGAGAGAGCGCUCCAAGAACAAAACAACUUGAUAACUAAGAAGUUGAAAGAAAACGAGAAGACAGUACAACCCAACUCAUCAACUUUUCAUGUGCCUCCAUCACAUUCUCACCAUCUUCCUAACCUCACAAUUGGGGGGACUUUUGGAGGAAUGAACAGAGAUGGAUCGGGUCAGGUUCAUCAGUAUCCGGGUUCGAAUAAUAAUAAUAAUAAUAAUAGCAAUUCCUCCUUGAUACCGCCAUGGAUGCUCCGCCAUGUCAGCAACGAAGGGUGAAACAAUUAUAAUUAAUUGUAUAUGUUUUGUUCCAAACAAUAUUAAUCAACUUUCCUGUUUGUGAUGUAUAAUUAGCUAAGCUAAUUAAACCUUUCAUCCUUCAUUUUUUAUCCAUCCCUCCUUAACUCCUAUAAAUUAAACAGAUUUAAG